AUGCGAGAAGAGUUCAGCACUCUCUUCCCUCUGUGUACACACCAACUAGCGCUAUCCGCCAGGCCAGGAGCGGAAGCGGGAGAAAAACUCACUUUGCAAGAAAUGCUAGCUUACGCCGGGAUUCACACCCCUGACCUGACCUCUAGAAGGUUUCGAGGUUACCAACUAGACCAACUAGACCACCGGGGUGACGAGUCUCAGCGCGUGUCUUUACUGCACUUUUCAGAGCUCGGUAUUAUUGUCCGAUUAGUCAGCACUCAUAAUAACUUUCCUGGAAACAAGAAUUGACACACGCGUUCCCUGUGUGAGGUCUAGUUACGCCGCACCAUUAUUUUCAGCUCGCUUACAGAACUCGAAAGUUCUGUGAGUUCUGUGACGGCUCACCACAAUACCCUGUAGUUCUGUGAGUUCUGUGACAGAUCCAGUACCCUACCGAACUUUUCUGUGACAGCUCGCUUACAGAACUCAAAAGUUCUGUGAGUUCUGUGACGGCUCACCACAAUACGCUGUAGUUCUGUAGGUUCUGUGACAGAUCCAGUACCCUAUCGAACUUUUCUGUGAGUUCUGUGACAGACCCAUUACCCUA